AAUGAACUUGAGUUUAUUCAGAGCCGUUAGUAAAAAUGUGAAGAGAUGUUGUGAGAUUCGAGUUGGUCUGAGGAGGAGUGUGAGAAUGAGCGUUUAUCUGCGGGUUUCAUACAGCAGCUGCUAGCAGGCCAGCUGUCUCUAACCUCGCCAUCAUGACCAAACUGGGCUUCUUGCGUCUUUCCUAUGAGAAGCAGGACACGCUGCUGAAGCUGCUCAUCCUGUCCAUGGCUGCUGUCCUCUCCUUCUCCACCAGGCUCUUCUCUGUGCUGAGGUUUGAAAGUGUCAUCCAUGAGUUUGACCCGUACUUCAACUACCGUACCACCCGCUUCCUGGCUGAGGAAGGAUUUUACAAGUUCCACAACUGGUUUGAUGACCGGGCCUGGUACCCUCUGGGUAGGAUCAUUGGUGGCACCAUUUAUCCAGGCCUGAUGGUCACCUCAGCUGUCCUCUACCACGUUCUACAUUUCUUUCACAUCACUAUUGACAUCCGUAACGUCUGUGUGUUCCUGGCUCCCCUGUUCUCCUCGUUCACCGCCAUCGUCACCUACCACCUCACCAAGGAGCUGAAGGACGCAGGUGCUGGUCUCCUGGCUGCUGCCAUGAUCGCUGUGGUUCCUGGUUACAUCUCCCGCUCUGUUGCUGGUUCCUACGAUAACGAAGGUAUUGCCAUCUUCUGCAUGCUGCUGACCUACUACAUGUGGAUCAAAGCUGUCAAAACCGGUUCUGUGUACUGGUCGGCCAUGUGCGCACUGGCAUACUUCUACAUGGUGUCCUCCUGGGGAGGCUAUGUGUUUCUGAUCAACCUCAUCCCCCUCCACGUUCUGGUUCUGAUGCUCACGGGCCGAUUCUCUCACCGUAUCUAUGUCGCCUACUGCACCGUCUACUGCCUGGGCACCAUUCUGUCCAUGCAGAUCUCGUUUGUUGGUUUCCAGCCGGUGCUGUCGUCGGAGCACAUGGCAGCCUUCGGGGUCUUUGGCUUGUGUCAGAUCCACGCUUUUGUCGACUACCUGCGCAGCAAACUCAACGCUCAGCAGUUUGAGGUUCUGUUCAAGAGCGUCAUCUCUCUGGUGGGCUUCAUCCUGCUGUCUGUAGGUGCUGUUCUGAUGCUGACAGGUAAAAUCUCUCCCUGGACCGGUCGUUUCUACUCUCUUCUGGACCCUUCUUAUGCCAAAAACAACAUCCCCAUCAUCGCCUCCGUCUCCGAGCACCAGCCCACCACCUGGUCCUCCUACUACUUUGACCUCCAGCUGCUGGUCUUCAUGUUUCCAGUUGGUCUUUACUACUGCUUCAACAACCUGUCCGACGCCCGCAUCUUCAUCAUCAUGUAUGGAGUCACCAGCAUGUACUUCUCAGCUGUCAUGGUACGUCUGAUGCUGGUUUUGGCUCCAGUCAUGUGCAUCCUGUCGGGCAUCGGUGUGUCUCAGGUGCUGACCACUUACAUGAAAAAUCUGGACAUUAGCCGGUCAGAGAAGAAGAGCAAGAAGCAGCAGGACUCCACCUACCCCAUCAGAAACGAGGUCGCCAGUGGGAUGAUUCUGGUCAUGGCUUUCUUCCUCAUCACCUACACCUUCCACUCCACCUGGGUUACCAGCGAAGCGUACUCCUCCCCCUCCAUCGUGCUGUCAGCUCGGGGGGGCGACGGCAGCCGCAUCAUUUUUGACGACUUUAGAGAGGCGUACUACUGGCUUCGCCACAACACCCCUGAGGAUGCUAAAGUCAUGUCCUGGUGGGACUACGGUUACCAGAUAACCGCCAUGGCUAAUCGAACCAUCCUAGUGGACAACAACACGUGGAACAACACGCAUAUCUCCAGAGUGGGACAGGCCAUGGCGUCCACAGAGGAGAAGGCCUAUGAGAUCAUGAGGGAACUGGAUGUCAGCUACGUGCUGGUGAUCUUUGGAGGACUGACUGGCUACUCCUCAGACGACAUCAAUAAAUUUCUAUGGAUGGUCCGAAUUGGUGGAAGCACGGAGACGGGCAAACACAUCAAGGAGCAUGAUUACUACACCCCCACCGGGGAGUUCAGGGUGGACCGCGAGGGCUCCCCCGUCCUGCUCAACUGUCUGAUGUACAAGAUGUGCUACUACCGCUUCGGACAGGUCUACACAGAGGGCAAGAGGCCACCGGGUUACGACAGAGUGAGAAAUGCUGAAAUUGGGAACAAAGACUUUGAACUGGAUGUGCUGGAGGAGGCCUACACCACAGAACACUGGCUGGUUCGGAUAUACAAGGUCAAGGAUCUGGAUAACCGAGGUCUUUCCAGGACAUAGAGGUCUGAGACAGUGGUGAGGUGUCCUGGUGGUGCGCAGCACCGAACACCGUCCUCUGCUCUGCAGACGAGAAGGGAGAAGUACUUUUUAUACUUUAGGAGGGAAACUGCAUCCAAGAGACUCCUGCAAAUUUUUUUUUUAGGGGGUGGGAUGGAGAUUAAAGGUCGUAACAUAAUUUACUAAUGGGUGUAUGAAAGCUGUUUUCUACAAUGUGGUUAAUAAAGGUGAAAAAUGUGAUUGUUUUUGGUCUAAUAAACAGACAUCAGAUUUA